AUGACAGCUACCCCGGGUUCCGCGGGGCCUGUCCCGAAGUCCAAUGCCCCUAAAGGUGCUCCGCAGCCCAAGGGGAACCAGAAGGGUGUGGCGGAUCACCAAGCGAUGGAGCUUGAAGACGAGUUCAGGUCGAAGCACGUAGGCGUGAUGGGUGUCCUGGGUUGGAUAUUGUUCUUGCAUAUCGCAGGUAUCUACUUGUUCACCAAAGGGUUCCUACUCACGCGCACGGUUCUCGAGAAUAAAUCCUCAUGCGACGUUCUGCCUUUCGAAGAUGUGGCUUUACAGACACCGGCAAAUGUCCAGAAAGGCUGCUGGCAUGAGAAGACAUUCGACAAAGCCGUUGUGAUCAUCAUUGAUGCCCUCCGAUACGACUUCACCGUUCCAUUCGCUUCGACUGAUGACGAGCAAAGCCAACUCUUCCACGACAACAUUCCCAUUCUCUACGAGACGGCAGUCAAAAACCCCGCCAACGCUUUCCUCCUCCCCUUCAUCGCGGACCCUCCGACAACCACUCUGAACCGCCUGAAGGGCCUGACAACCGGAACUCUCCCCACCUUCCUCGAAGCAGGCUCGAACUUUGCCGGAACAGCCAUCGACGAGGACAACCUGGUCGCGCAACUUUUCAAGAAUGGGAAGAACCUCGUCCACCUCGGCGACGAUACCUGGCAAGCCUUGUUCCCAGGCUACUUUGAUACCAACCUGACGCACGCCUAUGAUUCAUUCAACGUCUGGGAUCUGCACACCGUCGACAACGGCGUUACAGAGCAUCUCUUCCCCCUCCUCCGUCCGGAGAAUAGCUCCAAGUGGGACGUCAUCUUCGGACACUACCUGGGUGUUGAUCACGCAGGCCACAGAUACGGCCCCAACCACGCUGCCAUGGCAUCUAAGCUGCAGGAAAUGGAUCGCGUUAUUCGCGAUGUGAUCGCCGCCUUAGAUGAUGAUACCUUGCUUGUCGUGAUGGGUGAUCAUGGAAUGGACACCAAGGGCGAUCACGGCGGUGAAUCCGCCGAUGAAAUCGAGGCCGCUCUGUGGAUGUACUCGAAGCGCGGACUGUUCGGCCGAACAAGCAAAGAUACACUCCUUCCGCCUCAACAUGCCCGCGAUCGAUUUGUUCCGCAAAUCGAUCUCGUCCCGACGCUCUCUUUGUUACUUGGAAUGCCUAUCCCAUUCAACAACCUCGGCUCGCCUAUCGAAGAGGCCUUUUCUGGCCCCAAGGGAGAUAACUGGGCUAAUCUAGCUACUGUUAAUCGACUUGCUGCUGCGCAGGUGAAGAGAUACCAGCAUCAAUAUGCUGUUAUCGGAGGGGCUAGUGAUGACGAUGAGUCGAUGUUGCUUUGGACUGCCGCCGAGGAAGAGUGGAAGUCUUCCUCGAGGACAUUUUCGAAGACGACUGCUGCUCGGGCUAGCAAUGAACUCUACCGCAAGUACCAGCGUCACACGCUGGAUAUUUGCCGUGACCUCUGGGCCCGAUUCGAUGUUCCUAGCAUGAUCCAGGGUGUUGUGAUCCUUAUCGCUGGGAUUGCUUACUUGGUAGUAUACGCUCGGGGCUUGAAGAACGAUCGCACUCAGAUUACCACUAGUUUGCUACAGUCUGCUGGUGUCGGUGGUGGCAUUGGUGCCAUCGCUGGCUCUGCGUUUGGCCUGACUGGUCUUACUGAAACGGGCGUCAUUGAUGGGUUCGUUCUUUUUGCCGCGGCUGGAAGUAUCAUCGGUGCUCUGCCGGCGAUUUUCACCAAGCCGGCUAGCUUGAGCUUGCCUCUUCCCACUGGUAUGUGGGGGUGGCUUGCAUUCUUUUUCACGGUGUCCCAGUCAAUUGGGUUCGCUUCAAACUCAUACACCAUCUGGGAGGAUGAGAUCCUCCUGUUCUUCCUUACUACCUUUGGUGUGUGCGCGGGUAUCUCAUCCAUGCGUCAGGAGCAGACCACAGACCGCGUCUUGGGUGUGUACCACUCUGUCCUCUUUGUGAUCCUAGGCCGCCUUGCAUCGUUCUCUCGCCUCUGCCGUGAAGAACAAAUGCCCUUCUGCCGCUCUACUUACUAUGCAUCCUCCACCUCCUCUAUUUCUGCCCCAUGGCAACUGGCCAUUCCAUUCUUGGUGACUGUAUUCCUACCCAGUGUCAUUCGCUCUUUCUACACUGGUUCCAAGUCCUACGAAGGUGCUGCAUCUUUGUGGAUUGGCACAGCCUUCCGCUUCGGCCUCUUCAUCACCUCACUCUUUUGGAUGCUUGAAGGCGCCGAUGACGGCGAAUGGCUCCCUUUGAGCACGGAAACACUCAAGUCUUUGCGAGUUUUCCUUGCGCAACUUGUCCUCGCUCUAGCAUUCGCAGCAGGCACAGGUGCCUACAUCUACUCCAAGCCCUGCGUCAGCAUCAGCGUCACCACACAACCCCCACCACCAGAAGACCCCAACGCCCCUCCAGCCCCCUUCAUCGCAGGCCAACAAACAGGCCCUCGCAAAACCGUCACCAUCCUGGGCUUCGGCAACGUCUACGGAACCCGCUUCUUCUUCCUCGUCAUCAACUUCGCACUGGCAAUCAUCCUCAUGCAAAAGCCAAUGGGCCAAGGCGCCAUAGCCCUCCUCCUCUGGCAAAUCCUCUCCCUCCUCGAAAUCCUCGACACAAACAACCUAACCAUGUCCAACUCCUCCAUCGGCCCCGUAAUCCUCGGCCUCCUCGGUUCAUUCUACUUCUUCAAAACAGGCCACCAAGCAACCCUCUCCAGCAUCCAAUGGGAAACAGCCUUCAUCCCCCUCUCCACAAUCAAAUACCCCUGGUCCCCACUGCUAGUCAUCCUCAACACAUUCGGUGCUCAAAUCCUGGCCGCCAUCGCUGUCCCCCUCACCGUCCUCUGGAAACGACCCCUCCAAACACACGACCGUGUCCCAGCCUCAAACCCAAACAAAAACCCAACUACCCGCAUCCUCUCAGAUGUCGUCCAGGCUGUCACAACCCACAUCCUAUACCUGGCAACUAUCAACCUCGCCACAACAAUGUGGGCCGGCCAUCUCCGCCGCCACCUAAUGCUCUACCGAAUCUUUAGUCCGAGAUUCAUGACCGGCGCCGUCGUCCUAGCCGUCGUCGACGUGGUCUUGAUGAUCUUUGCUGUCGGUGGCGUGCGGUGGAGUACCCUCAGCGUGGCCGAGGUGUUCGGUUGGUGA